CAACAGCACCUCCUCAUCUACUCUUCCCUAUUCCCAUCAAUACACUUAACCGAGGACAGCCAGGUGCACGACAAGUCCCUGCCACCAGGCUCCCUCGUGAAAUUUCAAUGGGAAAAGACAUUUUUUCUUCUUAUCCCUAAACAAGAAGGAGAAUGUGAUAAAAGGAGGAAAAUGCCAAGGAGGAAACAGGAGCAACCCAAGCGCCUGCCUUCACAUGUGGACACGGUAGAGGAUGGAGGGCCAGAGGGUUGCUCAGUAGAGGAGGACAGCUGGUUUGGGAAUACCUCCGACAGCCCCUCCGAAUCGUCCUACGGUGAUGUGCAGGAUGAGCUUCGGGUUUCCCCAGACAACAUCCCCCCCCGACCGGACCACGACACCUCAGCCGAGAGCUCCCUGGGUUGUCCCACACCAGUUCAGCGGGUCUCACUGGAGCUGCUGGGUCUGGACAGUGGGGUCCUCUCCACCCAGGAUGCUCUGUCCUCAGUGGUGUCAUCUCUUUACGGAGACUCCAGCCAGGCCCUGAGCAAGCCGCUCAGCAGCAACCUACGGCGUCUGCUGGAGGCUGGCUCGCUGAAGCUUGAAGGAGGGGAUCUGACCGGGCGUGGAAUGUCCAGAGGACCAGAGUCACCCCCGGUGAGCUUGGUAAUAUCUCCAUCUUCACAUCAUGCACAGCAGUUGAGUGCACUUGCUAGGAGACUGGCUAAAAGCAGCCACAACAGUGGCAACUCCAAAUCUGCCUCACCCACAUCUGUAGCAACUGUCAAACAGGAGCCCUGUGACCCAUUUGGCCUCAACAACGGCCCUAGCUCAGGCAGCAGUGGCUUUGUAUGGGUGGGCGUGGCAGAUAAAUGGUCAUCUACUGGUUGCUCGGUGCCCAGCGGCAGCAGCCUAUCACCAGACUCGGCGAUCCAGAAGUUAAAGGCGGCAGCCAAUGCUGUGCUUCAGGACAAGAGUGCAGUGGCCUCCUCCACCUCUUCAUCCUCCUCUUCCUCCUCUUCAGUCACCUCCUCCUCAAUGGCAGCCCUGGGUGCUCGCUCAGAUGACGCAGUGCGCUUUGAAGCAUUCGUGUCUCCCUUCAGUCCGCAGUCAGCCAGCUCCACACUGGCUGCCCUCUCAAAGAAAGUAUCUGAAAGAAGUCAGCAGCAUGUGGGCUCAUCUGAUCAUCAGCCCUCAGCUGGAUCCUUUCUCUCGCUGGUUUCUAUGACCUCCUCGGCAGCUCUUCUAAAGGAGGUGGCAGCACGAGCAGCAGGGAACCUUCUGGCUGAUAAGAAAGAGCUGUCUUUAAUAUUGGGAGACUCCGAGGAUGUCAAGCCCCUGUUAGACAGGAACCAGAAGGUGCCCACCCCAACCCAGGCCAUGGACCUUCUGCCACCAACAAUCCCCAAGGGAAGGGCCAAGCCCAGUAGUCAAGCAGGUUCACCUGAGGAUGGAGGAAAACCCUUUCAGUGUCCUGUAUGUGGUCUGGUCAUCAAGAGAAAGAGCUACUGGAAAAGACAUAUGGUGAUCCACACAGGCUUGAAAAGCCACCAGUGUCCCCUCUGUCCCUUUCGAUGUGCUCGUAAAGACAAUCUCAAGUCCCACAUGAAGGUCCAUCAGCACCAAGACAGAGGCGAGACCUUCCAGUGUGAGCUCUGUCCCUUCACAUCCUCCCGCCACUUUAGCCUCAAGCUCCACAUGCGUUGCCAUCAGCACUUUCCCCGUCCCGACCUCACAGAGACAGACACAGAGGAGGGCGAGGGACUGCUCAUGGGGGACGGUGGAGUCGCUGGCGAUCAGGCCAUGAACACAGACGCUUCCACGUCUCCCACUUUCAGCCACCCGGAUGGUUGUUUGCUGGCCUCCCCUGGAGAACCCUUAAAUCACAUCCAGAUCAAGGAGGAACCCCAGGAGAGGGAUGUGUCUGUGAUGUCCCCCUUUGCCCUCUGUAGAGAGCGACCCAGCAGCAGCAGCAGUUCUCUGGACCUGUCUGGGCUCAAAUCCAGUCCGCCUGGCCCUGGACCUACAACUGCCUCACUCUUCAGCCCAGACAUCACCACCAAGACGGCUACAGACCUCCUUAUGAAGCUCUCAGCAGCAAACCAAAAGGAGGCCCUAAAGGGUCCAUUCUGCGUUAAGGAGGAACCCCAGGCGGAAGAAAUCCUGAGCUCUCAGAGGGGCCCCAGCUACAAUUUCUGCCAGAAGGGGGCCCUAAGUGCCACGAAUCAACGAGAGGAGGGCAGCCCCAUGUUGGACAAGAGCAGCAUACUCAGCCAGGACAUCAACGUCAAAGUGGCCUCUGAAUUGCUUAUGAAGCUGUCAGCUGAGAAUAACAAAGACACAUACCUCCAGAAAGUCUUGGUGAAGGCGGAGCCUAUGGAAGUGGACCCACCCACUGAAUUGGCUCCACCCUCCUCUCAUCUGCUGGGCUUCGGCACGUUAGUGGCAUGUGAAAAGAAGGAACCAAUGCUCAACCUCCCAGAUCAUUUGCCCUGCCCUCAAAAUGACUUCUUCUCCCAGGACAUAUCAGUCAAAAUGGCCUCUGAGCUGCUUUUUAAACUGUCUGAGAAAGUAAGUAAAGCUCACGAAAACAAAGACAAUGCAUCAUUUGGUAUACACAGCACUUUUGUAGAUGACCACUUUAGACAAUCACCUUUCAGUGCACGCUCCAAGAGCUCUUCCCCAGCUGAAGCUGGUUCUUCAAGCAGGGUUGCCCAUCAAGAUCCAGAGAAGAUGAGUGGAGAGCCAGGAAAUGGACUCGCUCAUUGGAGACUCAAUGAACAGCUCUUUCCCUGCCCUAUAUGCGGCAAGGUGUUUGGUCGCCAACAGACCCUCUCCAGACACCUGUCCCUACAUACAGAUGAGAGGAAAUAUAAGUGUCACCUCUGUCCAUACGCGGCUAAGUGCCGGGCUAACCUCAACCAGCACCUCACCAUCCACUCGGUCAAACUGGUGAACACAGAUGCCGAACAGAUCUUUACUGCUGUGACCACCGACGGCCAAGAGCUGAAAAACUGCCCUUACUACUACAGCUGCCAUGUCUGCGGCUUCCAGACGGAGCUGAACGCUCAGUUUGUUAGUCAUAUGUCUCUGCAUGUGGACAAAGAGCAGUGGAUGUUCUCGCUCUGCUGCAGCACCUGUGAGUUUGUGGGUGUGGACGAGGCCGAGAUGAAAGCUCACAUCAGUUCAGGGCACACAGGUCUCAAUUCCAGAAGCCCUCUCAGUGAGACCAAGAGCACCUCCUCCUCUCUGUCGGCCCUUAGCGACUCCCUCAACAGCUCUGAAGGUGGAGAUGUUGCCCAAGGUAAUGAAGAACUAAAAAGCCUUUUGGCCCCACCUUCUUCUGCUGGCAGCCAAUCAAGCUCAGGCCCAGGAACAGAGGAAAAGGCAGAGAAAGGCUUUGAAUGCGUGUUCUGCAACUUUGUUUGUAAGACUCGUGCCAUGUACGAUCGGCAUCUACAGAUCCAUCUGAUCACACGUAUGUUUGAGUGUGACGUGUGCCACAAGUUCAUGAAGACGCCCGAGCAACUCAUGGAGCACAAGAAGUGCCACGCUGUCCCCGCUGGAGGGCUCAAGUAA